AUGCCUUCUGCUCCCCCCUCCGAGCCUGACAACUCGCACUCUGACUCUGAAAAGGAGUUGGAAAAGAAGGACAUUGAGUCAGACAUUGGAGCAUGGCUCUGUGUCUUGGCAGCCAUGUUUUUCCUCAUCUCCUCUUAUGGAUUUAUGAACUCCCUUGGAACAGUCCAGUCCCAUCUGAGCCUCAACCAAUUGAGUGACUUUUCAACCAGUGAGGUCGGAUGGAUCAACGGAGUGUAUCUGUUCCUUUCCCUCAUCUUCAACUUUCAAAUUGGUUCUGUUUUGGACCGUUACGGCCCUCAGCUUCUCAGCACCAUCGCCGCCUUCUUCUCGACCGCUACAUUCCUGCUCUUGGCUGAGUGCAAGACUUACUGGCAGUUCAUGCUCUGCCUUGGUGUCUUUGGAAGCAUUGGUACCAGCAUUGGCGCCGUCACUGCAGUUAGUGUCGUUGGCAAGCUGUUUAUCCGUCGCCGUGGCCUCGCCAUGGGUAUUGCCGUGAUGGGCACGUCCCUUGGAUCCAUCGUUUACCCAAUGACUCUCCGAGCUACCUUUGAGAGCCUUGGUUGGGCUUGGUCCAUGAGGCUCGUUGCCCUCAUCGUCGCAUGCUUCACAUCACUUGGUGUGGUUUGCUUCCUCCCAUUCCGUCGACUCACAGAGGGCCAGUCGGCCAGCAAGAAGGAGGGAGGUGUCAGCCUGGAUCUGUCCGCUUUCAAGUCCCCAAAAUUCGUCGCCACUUCCAUUGGUGUCUGCAUUGUCGAGUUUGUCGUCUACGGCAUCGGUGGUCUUCUACCUACCAUUUCUGCGGGUGCCGGCUUUUCCACUGAGGAUGGUUACAUGCUUAUUUCCAUCCUCGGCGCGUGCUCUUGUGUUGGCCGUUUCUCGACAGGUUUCAUCGGCGACAAGGUCGGACCCUUCAAUGCCAUGGUUACGACUAUGGUUAUAAUCGUCAUUCUGAUGGCAUCGCUCUUCAUUCCCUUUGCCACUUCAUCGGCCACUCUGCUGUACAUCUUUACCGCACUCUGGGGGUACUUUUCUGGAUCUUUCUACGUCCUUUCUCCAGUAUGUACUGGAAAAACUUGCGAGCCUAAAGAUUACGCACGAUACUUUGGCUCUUCUAAUAUGUGCGUCGCUGUUGCCCUGCUUCUCGCCAUCCCCUUGAGUGGAAUGAUGCUAGAGAAGCUCGGCUCCCAGCUUCUUGCCUGCUUCUACCUCGGCAUGAUCGUGCUAGCAGGUAUUUCCUUCGUCGUCGCAAGAGGCUUGCUCAUCGGCAACUUCUUUGUUCUCAAGUGCAAGAUGUGA